GGGGCUUAGAGAGAGUGGUCACUCUCCGGAAUUGUAGGAGGACGAGGUGAGCAGCAGCGGGGCCCAGCUCCGGAUCAGAGCCCGGCUCAGCUCUUGCCAGGCCAACUUGAGACAUGUCUGACACAAGUGAGAAUGGUACGGGUCCAACCCGCCUCCAGGCUGAAACUUCAGAAAAGGAAAGUGAUGUAAAGGUGCAGACCCUAUUGACAGUGACCCAGAACUUGGAGGUCUCAGAGACACCAAAGGCUUCAAAGGCACCAGAGGUCUCAGAGGCUGGGAAGGCCUCAAAUGCUGCAGGGGUCUCAAAGGCCACAGAGGUUUCCAAGGCCCCAGAAGCUCAGGAGGAAGCUGCCACUAAGGUCUCACCUACCACUAAGCUGACUGAUACCACCCAGUCUUUGGCAGCUGAAAAGAAGAGUCCAGCAGCUGACACCAAGGUGCAGAAUGCUGACCCUCAGGCUGUGACAGUGCCUGCCACUGAGACCAAAAAGGUCAGCUGCGUGGUUGAUACGAAGGUCAAUACAAAGGCCCUGGAGACUGAGGCUGCUGCCUCUCAGGCUCCGUCAGAUGAACCUGAGCCUGAGGGUACAGCUGCCCAGGCUCAGGAGAAUCAAGAUACUCGGCCCAAGGUCAAGGCUAAGAAAGCCCGCAAGGUGAAGCAUCUGAAUGGGGAGGAGGAUGGCGGCAGUGAUCAGAGUCAGGCUUCUGGAACCACAGGUGGCCGUAGGGUCUCAAAGGCCUUAAUGGCCUCAAUGGCCCGCAGGGCUUCAAGGGGCCCCAUAGCCUUUUGGGCCCGCAGGGCAUCAAGGACACGGUUGGCUGCUUGGGCCCGGAGAGCUUUGCUCUCCCUGAGGUCACCUAAGGCCCGUAGGGGCAAGGCUCGCCGUAGAGCUGCCAAGCUUCAGUCAUCCCAGGAGCCCGAAGCACCACCAUCUCGGGAUGUGGCCCUUUUGCAAGGGAGGGCAAAUGAGUUGGUGAAGUACCUGUUGGUUAAAGACCAGACAAAGAUUCCCAUCAAGCGCUCAGACAUGCUGAAGGACAUCAUCAAAGAAUACACUGAUGUGUACCCUGAAAUCAUUGAACGAGCAGGCUAUUCCUUGGAGAAGGUAUUUGGGAUCCAACUGAAGGAAAUUGAUAAGAAUGACCACUUGUACAUUCUUCUCAGCACUUUGGAGCCCACUGAUGCAGGCAUACUGGGAACAACCAAGGACUCCCCAAAGCUGGGUCUCCUCAUGGUGCUUCUUAGCAUCAUCUUCAUGAAUGGAAAUCGGUCCAGUGAGGCUGUCAUCUGGGAGGUGCUGCGCAAGUUGGGGCUGCGCCCUGGUAUACAUCACUCGCUUUUUGGGGAUGUAAAGAAGCUCAUUACUGAUGAGUUUGUGAAGCAGAAGUACCUGGACUAUUCCCGAGUCCCUAACAGCAAUCCCCCUGAGUAUGAAUUCUUCUGGGGCCUGCGCUCCUACUAUGAGACCAGCAAGAUGAAAGUCCUCAAGUUUGCCUGCAAGGUACAAAAGAAGGAUCCCAAGGAAUGGGCAGCUCAGUACCGAGAGGCGAUGGAAGCAGAUAUGAAGGCUGCGGCUGAGGCUGCAGCUGAAGCCAAGGCGAGAGCCGAGAUUAGAGCUCGAAUGGGCAUUGGGCUCGGCUCUGAGAAUGCUGCUGGGCCCUGCAACUGGGAUGAAGCUGAUAUUGGACCCUGGGCCAAAGCCCGGAUCCAGGCAGGAGCUGAAGCUAAAGCCAAAGCCCAAGAGAGUGGUGGUGCCAGCACUGGUGCCGGUGCCGGUGCCGGUGCCAGUGCCAGUGCCAGUGGCAGUAGCAGUGCCAGUGGCAACUUCGGUGCCAGUGCCAGCCUGACCACCACUCUCACGUUUGGCCUCUUCUCUGGCCUCAGUGGAGCUGGUGCCAGCAGCAGUGGUAGCUCUGGUGCCUGUGGUUUUUCCUACAAGUGAGAUUUCAGGUAUCUAUUUAGAUUUGGUGAGGGCAGCCAGGGCUGUUGGGGAUGGGAUGAGGAGCUGGGUGGUUAUGGGAAGGCCAAGGUCGGAGGACCAUAUGGAGAGUGUGGGAAAACACUGCUUUGACAUUUUAUUUCUUCCUGUUUGGUGGAUAUCAGUUGACUUUCUAAUUUUCUUUUACUUGUGAUUUCAGAUAUUGCUAAUCCAAGCAGUCUUUCUCUUCAUGCCAGGGUGCAUCCUCAGAAAUGUACUCCACACAGCACCCUAGGCAGCCACUAUCAAUCAAUCGAAUUUGACACUCUAUAUUAAAUCUAUU